AUGAGUACGGCCAACAAGGACAUUGAACAGGUCUAUUACGAUGCCCAUUUAGUGUCUAAUAAAUACAAACUACAGAAGUUGCAAGAUGUGAUGUCGCUUUCUUUGGGCAUUGCUGCGGGCACCUUGGGGUUGGAGUCAUACUCCGGGAUUGCUUUCUAUCUCGUCGGCAUCCUUGCUUCUGACUUUUCAUUUCUUGUCGUAUGCUGUGAGGGGACCCCCAAAAGAUUUUUUGUUUCCCCAGUUCGGGAGAUCUUCGCCGACAAUUUCAUUUCGAACUUUGCUGGCUACAUCAUGAUGUGGUGUUUGACUUAUGCACUAAUGAAAUAA